AAUUGAAGGGGGCAGUGGAGAAACAAUGUCAAGCCUUCCGGAGGAGAUCUACCUCGAAAUUCUACUGAUGGUACCGGUGAAAUCAACAUUUUUAUGUAAGUCUGUUUGUAGGAAUUGGUUUCGAAUAAUUUCUGAUCCUGAUUUUGAUAAAUUGCAUCUUCAUGUUAGUACUCAAAGAAACAACUGUAGAGUCAUGAUCAUAAGUUUUUUCGCUACUAAUGUGUAUUCCAUAACUUAUGAUUCAUUAUCAUCAUCCAGUGAAUCUAAAUCAUCUGAUGAUGCUUUCCUUAAGAUGGAUUUCCCCUACAAUUCUUCAAGACAUGAGACUGGAUUGAAGGGUUCAUGUAAUGGCUUGGUAUAUGGAUGUAAUUAUAAGAUGAAAUUCUAUUUUCUGUGGAACCCAGCCACAACGGAAUACAAGAGAUUACCCCACUGGGACAAAUCAGAAGAUGCAUAUUUUAAUCGUUUAGGUGAUUUCUAUGGUUUUGGUUAUGAUUACAAGACCGACGAUUACAAGUUGGUAACGAUCCAUAUAAACAUAGAGGAUAUUUUAGUCCAACUAUAUUCUUUAAAAUCAAACUCAUGGAAAAGCUUUGAAACCAUCGGGCAUGGGCUUGGUUGUUUUAAACCAUCUGGGGUGUUGUGUAAUGGAGCUCUUCAUUGGUUUGGGGAUAUGAUAGGUGAAAUGACCCCCGGAAUAAUAGUAGUUUCUGUGGAUAUCAGUGAUGAGAAAUUUCAAGAACUGCAACUACCAAUGACACUACCACCAACUCAAUAUAAGAUAAAUAUGGCAGUGUUGGAAGGGUGCCUCUGUGUACUUGCUAACUUUGAAGAGACUUUUGAAGUAUGGGUAAUGUCAGAUUAUGGAGUGACAGAUUCUUGGACUAAACUUCAUAGUAUUACGAAUGAGAGUAUAAUGUGUGAUUCUUUUUUUUGUAUGGAACUUAUUGGGUCUUUUAAGAAUGGUGAGAUUCUGUUCAGAAACUCAAAUAACGUAAUUUUAUAUGACCCUAAAUAUGGAACUGCGAGAAAUCCAAAUGUCCAUCGUUCAAUGGUGCAACGCGUAAUGACUUAUUUUGAGAGCUUGAUUUCACUAAACUCUAUUACUGCUGUUGGGAGAAGGAAAGAGAGAAAAAUCAACCGAAACUUGAAGGAGAGCUGCAAGAGUAAGAAGAGAAACAGGAACGUGCUGUAGCGUAGGAGUGGCUAAGGGAGUAUUGCUGGACUUGAGGCGAAUAGAUGAGAUGAAGAACUGAAAUUGGAAAAUGCGUGUGUCUCUGGGGAUAAAAAUUAUACACAUUGAAUAUAUCCAGAUGUUAUAUUCAACAUGAAUGCAACUGCAUAUCAGAUGUAUUUUCCAAAAGCUCUCUAUAUAGGUCCGUCUCUAGUAGUCUGGUGGUACGUUGAAAACAGUUCUAGGCUUCUGGUUUGGUAGAAACAUGAUGGAAUUAUAUAUCAUUUUGGAGCUGAUAUUAUUUGUUCUUUUACCAAGAAAUAAAGAAGA